AUCAAAGUUGCUCUGCAUUUCAUUAUCUUGUUCAGAAAUGGCAGAGGCGUUAAUUCAAAUAGUUCUUGGAAAUCUGAGCUCACUGAUCCAAGGUGAGAUUGGAUUGAUUCUUGGUGUGGAUGAAGAGAUGAAUAAUCUCUUCAGCACACUCACCACCAUUCAAUCCGUGCUCGAAGAUGCCGAAAUGAAGCAACUUGAAAGCAGAGCCAUACAGAAUUGGCUACUCAAGCUCAACGAUCUUACGUAUGAGAUUGAUGACAUCUUGGACGAGUGCGCUACAGAACUCUCGAAAUUGGAGCAUAGAAGCAGCAAAUCCAGUCGCUAUAGCGUGAAGAAAAUUCUGUUCCGAUACAAAAUUGGAAGAAGGAUGAAGGAGGUGGCUGGAAAACUUGACGCGGUUGCUGCCGAGCGUUCGAAGUUCCAUUUGCGCGAGAUGGCUAUAGAGAGGCCGAUCGAGUUUUCCGCCACACGUGAGACUGGCUCCAUUUUGAACGUGUCUCGUUACAUUUAUGGGAGGGAAGAAGACGCAGAGAAGAUUGUGGAUAUCUUGGUCAACCAAGUUGUCAAUGAUAAUCAAGAAAUCUCCGUCCUGCCCAUAGUUGGUAUUGGAGGCCUUGGCAAGACCACCCUUGCUCAAUUAGUCUAUAACGAUCAACGGGUCGUUGAGCAUUUCGACAAACUAAUUUGGGUUUGUGUGUCCGACGAUUUUGAUUUGAAGACUUUGUUGAAAGCCAUGAUUGAAUCUGGGGCUGGUAAUGCUUCUGAUUUAUUGCACUUGGAUGCUUUACAGCGCUGCCUAUGGGAGUUGCUCAACAACAAAAGGUACUUCAUUGUACUGGACGAUGUUUGGAACGACGAUCAGGAGAAUUGGUCCGAAUUAAGAAAUGUGUUGGCGUGUGGCCAGAGUGGUAGUUCAAUUCUCGUCACCACACGCCUCAAAAAAGUUGCUGAUAUAAUGGGAACACUUCCACCACAUUACUUAAAGGGAUUGUCGGACGAGCAUUGUUGGUUGUUGAUGCGUGAACGAGCAUUUGGACAAGAGAAAGAGGAAUUUCCGAGAUUGGAAGCCAUUGGGAAGCAGAUCGUGAGCAAGUGUGCCGGUGUUCCUUUGGCUGCUAAGGCGCUCGGAGGUCUGUUGCGGUUUAAGAGGACAGAGAAAGAGUGGAAUUAUGUUAAAGAAAGUGAAAUAUGGGAAUUACGUCAAGAAGAAACUCUGAUAUUGCCAGCCUUGAAAUUAAGUUAUCAUCAUCUUCCUUUGUCAUUGAGACGGUGUUUUGCUUACUGUGCCGUUUUUCGCAAAGAUUCUAAAUUUAGGAAAGAAGAGUUGAUCUUUAUGUGGAUGGCGCAUGGAUGCAUUUCAUCAAAGGGAGUGCUGGAAGUGGAGGAUGUCGGCAAUCAAAUAUGCGAUGAGCUGAUUUUGAGAUCCCUUCUGCAAUAUGUUACAGAUGCAAGUGUACCUACUUUAAUGAUGCAUGAUCUUGUUCAUGAUCUCGCUCAAUCAAUCAUGGAGAACAAAGUUCCUGGAACACAAGUCCAAAGGACAAACUUCAGAAGUGCAUCUACUAGAAAAAUCCGUCAGGUAAGUUUGCCAAAAAAGUUUCUUCUUUUCGUUAAGAGUAAUCAACCAGAGAUGGACAUGCCUCUUGUCUUAAAGAACUUUUUGCGUUUGAGAAUAUUAGAUGCAAGUUGGACAGGGAUAGAAAGUUUGCCUUGUGCAGUAGGCAAUUUGAAACAUUUGCGACAAUUGAAUUUGUCUGCAACUGAAAUCCGUACCCUACCAGACUCAAUAUGUAGUCUCUGGAAUUUGCAAAUCUUGAAUUUGAAUGCCUGCGAAAAGCUCGAGGUAUUACCAAAGAAGAUGCGGUACUUGAUUAAUCUCCGCCAUCUAUUUUUGGGAAGUUGUGAAUCGUUACGGGAGAUGCCAUCUAAAAUGGGAGAACUUACGAGCCUUAGAACAUUGAGUAUGUUCAUAGUGGGUCGUAAUAGAGGCAAUGGAAUAGAAGAAUUGCAGUGCUUGAAGCUGGGUGGCAAGCUUAGAAUUCGUCAUCUAGAGAGAGUGGAAAACAGUAUGGAUGCAAAGAAAGGAAAUCUUGCUGAAAAAGGAAAUCUUCGUCAUUUGUAUUUAGAGUGGGAACCUGAGAAUACUACUGCAUCAAAAUCAUCAGGGCAAGAAGAUAUAGAGAGAGAUGAAAAGGUGUUGGAAGCACUUGAACCUCACCCAGAUCUCAAAAGUUUAGAUAUAAAAGGAUUCGGGGGUAGGCAUUUUCCAGUUUGGAUGUCAAAUUCAACUCUGGACAAAGUAGUUCGUAUGAGUAUAUCAAAUUGUGACAACUGUUUGCAUCUUCCACCACUGGGAGAGCUAUCUCAUCUUAAGUUGUUGAGUUUAGAGAAUCUGGCUCUGGUGGAGUACAUUGUUGAAGAUCAAAGUGGAAAUCGAUUAACGAGCGUACAACAGUUCCCAUCUCUGGAAAAACUGUAUUUAACAACCCUCCCCAAAAUGAAAGGAUUGUUAAAAGAGCAAGUGACGAUGGGAUCAGCUAAAGUAUUCCCAAAUCUUAAGGAGCUAAACAUUCGAGAUUCUUCAUUGUCUAAGCUGGGUCUGGACGCUCUUAAUGGACUUUCAAUGGACUUUAAGGAGAAUACGACGACAUGUAUGACAGUUGAGACGCUGCAAAGCCUGAGUAAUCUCAAGAAGUUGGUGUUUAAAAAAGCAUGUGAUCUUCCAGAACAAGGGUUGCGAGCCUUGAAAUCUGUUACACAUUUAACGAUAGAAGAAUGUGAUACACUGAGGUGUUUGCCUGAAGGGUGGUUGCGACACCUCACUUCUCUCGAGGAACUUGUAAUAUGGAGCUGUCGAGAACUAGAAGAGCUGCCGGAGGAGGGGAUUAAACACCUCCACAACCUUAAAAAAGUAGUGCUAUAUGAUCUUCCAAAGAUGGUUUGUGUUCCUAAAGCAUUGAACCACCUCUCAUCCUCACUCCAAUCCAUACACAUAGACGCGCUUCCUGGGUUGAGUUCACUCCCCGAUUGGUUGGGCGAUAUGACAUCUCUUCAAUCUCUGCGGAUUUUUAUGUGCCGAAAGCCAGCAUCACUUCCAGCUAGUAUACAGGGAAUGACAAAUCUCGAAUAUCUGGAAGUGUAUGGAUGCCCGGAAUUGAAAAGGAGAUGUGAGAGAGAAAAGGGAGACGAUUGGCACAAGAUAGCACAUAUUCCCUGCCUUGAAAUUGGUUAAUGGAUUCGACGAACUGGCAAAAGCUGCAGGGCUGGUAUGUAGCUCCAGUCAAUCUCUUUUCUUUUAUCCUGUUUAUAAGUUGGUUGUUAGCUUUGAUACAUUCUUAACUCUUUGUUUUUUGCUUUGACUUUUCACAAACAGGCCACCAUAUUCGAUUCUAUUCGAUUCGAUUAGCUGCCUGUUGAUAUUGGUUGGAUGGUGAUUGCAAGAAUACAUCAUCAACUAAUUUUUCAGCUUAGUUCUUCUCGAGACUCGGGGAAUACGCCUGCAAUACAUAUUUGUGCGAUUCUUUUCGUUUUGCCGGACCUGUGAUGUUUGAAUGCAAAGUGAACUUAAUGUUAAUUUGGUAUUUUGAUU